AUGGCAGAAAUCGAUGGGUUUGCGCAGACGCGGGGUGCAGACGACCUCUUCGACGAUGAGAUCAUUCCUGUUUCUGCGGGGGACCAAAAUGCGCAGGUGGAGGUUGUAACAACGGCUGUGCAGUCGGAGCCCUCUCCAUCGUCACAGGAAGUGAAUUCAAGUGAACCACCCACUGAAUCCCCCAGAGAGAGCGACCAGCGAGGCCGUGGAGAUCGGGGUCGGGGUCGCGGGCGUGGCCGAGGUCAAGGUCCAGACCAGAGUCAUGGUCAGGACCGGCCCAAAAGAGGUGGAUUGGAGAACUCAAGAUGGGCAGACAAGAAGCCCACGGAGAAGCCUUCAAGGCCAAAGGGACCCAAACCCGCGAAGGAGCCUGCAACGACGACAAGCAAGCAUCAACCUCAGCUGGUGGCUUCCAGUCAACCUGAAGACGGAGUCACAGCGGACCAAAAUGGUCGGAAUGAGGAGGGAAAGGGGGACGAGGCUACAACCGAUAAUCAGGGCGAAUCUCAACGAGUUCCAGCGGUGCGGGGGGAUCGCAGUGCUACGGGUGGUCUACGAAAGCCCAAACUCACGGAGGAGGAGCUAUCAAAGCGUAUCGCCGCAGCCAAGGAGAAUGCGGCGAAAAAGGCGGCUGCUCACGCUCGUGCCGAAGCCGACCACGCUUCCUUUCUCGAACGCGAACAAGUCGCGGCGGAGAAGCGACGUCAAGAGGCGGCCAACCGUCGCGUCAUGGACAGUGAGCGUGAGCAGAACCGUCAACGCAAGCUGAAAGCCCAGACUGGUCGUGAGUGGGACUCGCAAAAGACUGAGGACGACUAUAACCCUCGCGGGGGUGGCAGCCAGUUCCGCCGCGGGAUGCACGGCGGAGUCUCAGGAUACACACGCCGGGACUUUGACGAACGAGCCCCUGAAGAUGCACCUGACGACUUGCUCAGCCCUGGCCGGGGUCGUGGGCGAGGGGGCCGAGGGGGUCGUGGUCGCGGUCGCGGAUCCUCUCAAGGUCGACGAGGAGAUCGAGAACAUCCCAAGGAGUCUUCUGACAAACCCGAAACGACAGCUCCUUCCCCGGCUGUUCACAACGAAGGCGAUUUCCCUGCUCUCCCAGCAGGGAAAAAGCCCGAAGCAGUCUCUCGAGCAAAUGAAGAGACAAAAGCUGAUCCGCAGCCCUCGCCGAUGGAGAAGCUUGAAGCUUCUAUGGCCCCUAUGACGGGCACAUGGGCUGAUGAGCUCGAUGAUUAG